CUUCCGGUUUUGCAUGGAUGAGGGAAAAAAGUUGCAUGUUCAUGAUAAAGUUUUUUUUAUCGCUUCCCCUUCUAAUUAGCAUCAUAAAACUGUCAACGACUGCAAUUUUGUUUUACGAUAGUUUAGCUUUUCACAAUAAACAUUUCUGUACACUUGCGAAACGUCAAAUGUUGAGUAUGUCGACGAACAAUUUGUCGUACAGCGACCAAGGAGGAACUGAUUCAGCGGUGGAGGUUGGGCAGGAGACUACCCCGACCUCCUCCAACGCUGGGGCUGGAUUUGGCCUGUUCAGCGUCGACUUUAAAAAGAAUGAAGACCUUAAAGAGAUGCUUGAGAGCAACAAGGAGUCGCUUAAACUGGAGGCCAUGAAGAGGGUUGUUGGGCUGAUCGCAAAGGGGAAGAAUGCCUCUGAGCUAUUCCCAGCAGUGGUGAAGAACGUGGCUAGUAAGAAUAUAGAGCUGAAGAAGUUGGUGUAUGUGUACCUGGUGAGGUAUGCAGAGGAGCAGCAGGACCUGGCUCUACUGUCCAUCAGCACCUUUCAGAGGGCCCUCAAGGACCCUAACCAGCUGAUCAGAGCCAGUGCUCUCAGGGUUCUGUCCAGUAUCAGAGUCCCAAUCAUCGUUCCCAUCAUGAUGCUGGCCAUCAAGGAGGCUGCCUCCGACAUGUCCCCUUACGUCAGGAAAACAUCCGCCCACGCCAUCCAGAAACUCUACAGCCUGGACCAGGAUCAGAAGGAGCUCCUGAUAGAAGUCAUUGAGAAACUGCUGAAGGACAAAAGCACAUUGGUAGCAGGCAGUGUUGUGAUGGCCUUUGAGGAGGUGUGUCCGGACCGUAUUGACCUGAUCCAUAAGAACUACCGUAAACUCUGUAACCUGCUAGUGGACGUGGAGGAGUGGGGUCAGGUGGUCAUCAUCUCCAUGUUGACACGCUACGCCAGGACACAGUUCACCAGCCCCUGGAAAGAGGACGGUGUGUUUGAUGAGCACAAUGAGAGGGCGUUCUAUGAGUCUGAUGAGGAAAAUACUAGAAAUGAGACGGAGGCCAAGCCCUACAUGAUGGACCCUGACCACAGACUGCUGCUCAGGAACACCAAGCCUCUACUACAGAGCAGAAACACUGCCGUGGUGAUGUCUGUAGCCCAGCUGUACUGGCACCUGGCUCCUAAAAACGAGGUCAGCAUCGUCACCAAAUCUCUGGUCAGACUGCUCAGAAGCCACAGAGAGGUGCAAUACAUUGUGUUACAGAACAUAGCCACCAUGUCCAUUCAGAGAAAGGGCAUGUUUGAACCUUACAUGAAGAGUUUUUAUGUGAGAUCCACAGAUGCCACUCACAUCAAAUCACUCAAGCUGGAGAUCUUGACCAGCCUGGCCAACGAAGCCAACAUCUCCACCAUCCUUAGAGAGUUCCAGACAUAUGUGAAGAGCCAGGACAAGCAGUUUGCUGCCGGUACCAUCCAGGCCAUAGGCAGGUGUGCCACCAACAUCUCUGAGGUCACAGACACCUGCCUCAAUGGACUGGUGCUGCUGCUCUCCAACAGAGACGAGACGGUGGUCGCGGAGAGUGUGGUGGUGAUCAGGAAGCUGCUCCAGAUCCAGCCCACCCAGCACAGUGAUAUCAUCAAACACAUGGCCAAACUCUUUGACAACAUCACUGUGCCGAUGGCGCGGGCCAGCAUCCUGUGGCUAAUGGGAGAGUAUUGUGAGAGGGUCCCUAAGAUCGCCCCUGACGUUCUCCGCAAGAUGGCCAAGAGCUUCACCUCUGAGGAGGACAUCGUCAAGCUCCAGACUGUCAACCUGGCUGCCAAACUCUACCUCACCAACUCCAAACAGACUAAGCUGUUGACCCAGUACAUUCUGAACCUGGGGAAAUAUGACCAGAACUAUGACAUCAGAGACCGCACGCGAUUCAUCCGCCAGCUCAUUGUGCCCAAUGACAAUAACGGAGCGCUCAGCAAGUACGCCCACCGCAUUCUGCUGGCGCCCAAACCAGCACCUGUCCUCGAGUCUGCCUACAAAGACCGCGAUCGUUACCAGUUGGGAACCCUGUCCCACACCAUCAACACCAAAGCCAGUGGCUACCUGGAGCUCUCUGAUUGGCCCGCCGUGGCUCCUGACAAAUCAGUGAGGAAUGUGGAGGUGAUUGAGCCGGGGAAGGAGUGGGCUCCAUCUCUAGGGAAGACUGGGAAAUCCAAGCCUGCCAAGUCAUCAGAUGACAAGUUCUACUCUGACUCUGGAGAGGAGGAGGAGGAGGAGGAGGAGGAGGAGGGGAUCAGGGAGAGUAGCAGUGAGGAUGGCAGUGGCAGUAGUAAUAGUGAAGAGAGCCAUGUCCAGAAGAACAGCAGUCAGAGCAGUGAGGAGUCAGACAAGUCCUCCAGCCAAUCAGAGAAGAGUUCCAGUGAAUCUGACUCUGAAAAGAAGGAGAGGAAAACUAAAACCCCACUACAGAAGAAGACAGUAAAACCAACCGCCAAAGACGGUGAUUCGGAUGAGAAUGGGAACGUUGCUAAAGAAGCCAACAGUUCGUCUGCAGAAGAGAGCUCCUCUGAUUCAGAAUCAGACUCUGACACCCACACAGACUCUGACUCAGGCACCGAACACAAGAAGAAGACCAAGUCUAAAGCCAAACCCAAGGUGGAGGUGAAGUCAACAAAGGAGGUGUCUCUGUUGGAUUUGGGUGACUUCACUCCUGCACCAGUGACCCAGCACAAGUCUCCUGUCCUCUCUCCUAGCCUUCUAGGAGAUCUGGAGGGCCUGUCACUCUCCAAUGUCUCCUCCACCAUCCAGUUGAGCGGUCCAGUGUUUGUCCCAGAGAAGAGCCAUGACCUGCUGCACCAUAUGACAGGUAAAGGUCUGUCAGCCCAGUACCAGUUCCCCAGACAGCCCUGUCUCUACCAGCCCACCAUGGUCUCAGUCCAGAUCAGCCUGACCAACACCACAGACCACCCUCUGGAACAGAUCCACAUUGGAGACAGGAGCCCCACAGGACUCAACAUACACUGCUUCAAUACUAUAGAGUGUCUGGAGCCAGAGGCCUCAGUGACUGUUUUCAUCGGCGUCGACUUCAACGACUCAACACAAGCAGCCAACUUCCAGCUGUGUACGAAGGAGGACCAUUUCAGUGUGUCCAUCCAGCCUGCCAUAGGGGAACUCCUCCUGCCCAUCACCAUGACCGAACUGGACUUCCGCAAGGAGCAAGGUAAACUUCUGGGCAUGAACGAGAGCUCGGCAACCAUCACCAUGGCAGCAGAGAACAUGACCAGCCAACCAAUCAGCAGACUAGUGGCAACCGUGGCCAACCUGGGAGUGGUUCCAUCCAGUCAAGACAACGUCCACAGGUUUGCUGGUAAGACGGCCAGUAGUGGAGCUGUGGUGCUGGUGAUGGUGGAGCUGAGGGAGUCGUCUACAGCCCUGAUCACCAUCAACACAGAGAAGAGUGUCAUGGGCUCCAUGCUGCUCCGAGACCUUAAACUGGCCCUGGCCUAGAGUCUACAUCGCCCCCUAGCCCUAGUCCUCCAACACGGGGAGAAAUGCACAGCUGCCAUGGAGAGGUCUCAUACACAUGCAUGCAAAAACACACAUACACAACAUUUAUUUCUGUCUCCCAAUCUCAAUUCUUCUUCUUCUCUUUCAUUCUCUGUCACGCAAAUACACACUUACAUGCAGGCAAAGAGAUUGAUAUGGUUUCUCUCAUGCUUAAACAUCCUCUCAUAUGGUACACACUCAUACACACACCUCAUCAUAUUUUUUUACACUGUGACAGUCUAUUGUCAGCAAUGAGCAUCAAUGUUCAUUUCAACAGGACUCUUGUUUCUCCCUAGACCUGAGACUCUGUUUCUCCCCAGACCUGAGACUCUGUGUCUCCCCAGACCUGAGACUCUGUGUCUCCCCAGACCUGAGACUCUGUGUCUCCCCAGACCUGAGACUCUGUGUCUCCCCAGACCUGAGACUCUGUGUCUCCCCAGACCUGAGACUCUGUGUCUCUCCCCAGACCAGGUAACCAAAAAUGUGUUCAUCAUUCAAUGAGGUCUGUAUCACUUUUGGUGAAAAGAACUGAAUAUAUUAAAACUGUAACGUGAA